AUGGCCGACGAAGCUCUAUCCAUCUACGACGAGAUCGAAAUCGAAGAUAUGACUUUCGACCCCGCCACGCAACUCUACCACUUCCCCUGCCCGUGCGGCGACCGAUUCGAGAUUGCCGUCGAUGAUCUGCGUGACGGCGAAGAGAUCGCAGUAUGCCCAAGCUGCAGUUUGAUGAUCCGCGUUAUCUUCGACUUGUCCGAUCUACCUAAGGCGGAUACUACACAGGCAGGCUCUGUCUCUGUGCAGGCUUGA